ACAUUAUUUAGUUGGUUACGUCGGUGCAGUGUUUGCAGUGUUCCUAGUGAGUGACAAUGGCGCGCGGUCGUAGUCUUGCGAUGUUCCUGACUCUCUCCCUGUUGGCUCACGCAUUCUGUGUGCCGACCGGUGGACUCCGUCAGAGGAGAGGACUGGCUGAUAACAAGCUAGACUCAAAGGAAAUAUCUACAGCUGCUGCUGCUGCUUCAAAAUCUAAAGAAGUCAGCGAACAGUCAUCGCCCGAUUCGAAGCCAUCCUCAGCUACCCCGACGUCCAUAGACGCAGACAAGAGUGUUGAGGAUGAUGAUGAUGAUGACUUCGACACACAGAGCUCGCCACCUUCCUCCGGUGGCAGCAAUAUAUUUAGUCUGCUGAACUUGGCCACCGCGCUGUUCCCAGCCUCGGGCUCCGGAGGAAACAACUCCUCACACUCGUCACAGUCUUCCACGUCACCGCUGUGGACCCUGAAGAUGGACGUCCUCCGAGCACUGCUGCAGUUCGGCACCAGCAUGCUGGGCCUCGCCUCGUCCUCCUUCUCAAAUGCCUCCGUGUAG